AUGACCUCCAGGUUCCCUGAGCUGGCCUCAGCUUUCCCGCAGCCUGACCCCAUUGAACCCUCCAGCCUUGGGGAGCAGCGCCUCUCAGGUCCUGCCGCCAAGGUCCCAGCGUUCAGAAUGGAUAUGAAGUUUGAGGAUAUGGUCAUUGCCUUCUCUCAGGACGGGUGGGGUCUUCUUGAUGAGGCUCAGAGACUUCUGUACUUCGAUGUGAUGCUAGAAGUGUUUUCACUUGUACCAUCUCUAGGUUGUUGGCAUAAAGAGGAUGAUGAGGAGGCCUGUUCUGAUCUGAGUGUUUCUGUACAAGGAGAGUCACAUGUCAGGGCUUCUAAGACAGCUCCAAUAACACAGAAGUCACAUUUUUGUAAGCAGUGUUUCUCAGUGUUAAAAGAUAUUUUGCACCUGACUGAGUCACAAGCAGAAUACUUUGAGCACAAUCACUUCUUUAGUGACGCAUGUGUGGGAGACUUCUGUUUCAGUGCAAACACUCACCAGCAACAGAAGGAUGUCAGUGGAGAGACCUCCUGGAAAGAAGCUAUGGACAGGCCUUCAUUUAUGAACAGGUGCAGAUUCUACUUAUCAGUGGUGCCUUCAAACAUCAGUGAAGGUGGAAAAGACAUCCAAUCUCCCUCAGUGCUUCUCCAGCCUUGGGCCUCUCAGAUCACUGAAGAGCCACACAGUGGCAGUGAGAUGUCACAAGAAUAUGUCAGAGGAAACAGUCAUCACCAGUGGGCUGAUUGUGAAAUAGAUGCCAGCCAGAAACAGAAAGUUGUUGAAUGUCAGGGUGUCUGUUCUGGAGAUCUGAUUUAUGAGUGUGACACAUGUAGUAAAGUUUUCAGACAAAUCUUUAACCUCAUUCAACAUAUGAGAGUUCACAAUGGAGAAAAGCCAUCUGAGUGUAUGGAUUGUGGGAAGUCCUUCAGUCAGAGUUCUACCCUCAUUAAACAUCAGAGAGUUCACACUGGAGAAAAGCCUUAUAAGUGUAGUGAAUGUGGGAAGUCCUUCAUAAGUAAGUCUAAUAUCAAUAAACACCAGCGAGUUCACACUGGAGAAAAGCCACCUGAGUGUACGGAUUGUGGGAAGUCCUUCAGUCAGAGUUCUACUCUCUUUCAACAUCAGAGAAUUCACACUGGAGAAAAGCUUUAUAAGUGUAGUGAAUGUGGGAAUUUCUUCAGAAGUAAGUCUAAUAUCAAUAAACACCAGCAAGUUCACACUGGAGAAAAGGCUUAUAAGUGUAGUGAAUGUGGGAAAUCCUUCAGAUAUAAGUCUGAUGUCAAUAAAUACCAGCGAGUUCACACUGGAGAAAAACCAUAUGAAUAAAAGCCAUCUUAGUGUACGGAUUGUGGGAAGUCCUUCAGUCAGAGUUCCACCCUCAUUCAUCAUCAGAGAAUUCACACUGGAGAAAAGCCUUAUAAUUGUAGUGAAUGUGGAAAGUCCUUCAAAAGUAAGUCUGAGGUCAAUAAACACCAGCAAAUUCACACUGGAGAAAAGCCAUAUGAAUGUACAGAUUGUGAGAAGUCCUUCAGUCAGAGUUCUAAACUCAUUCAACAUCAGAGAAUUCACACUGGAGAAAAGCCUUAUAAGUGUAGUGAAUGUGGCAAGUCCUUCAGAUAUAAGUCUUCUGUCAAUGAUCACCAGCGAGUUCACACUGGAGAAAAGCCAUAUGAGUGUACAGGUUGUGGAAAAUCCUUCCGUGCUAGAUCUAACCUCAUUCGCCAUCAGAGAAUUCACAGUGCAGAAAAGCCUUAUGCGUUGUAG